ACGACGGUUUUCCGGGCCUUCUGCGUUUCUCGGUCAAAAGCGGUUUUGGGGAAGAGUGAGCGAGGAGCAAUCUCUUCGCUGGGUACGCUGAUUCCUUUGGAGAAAAAGCUGAAAAUAAUCCUGCUAGUCGAAUCAUUCGAUAAUUAAAAUUAGGACAGUUCGGGGAAGAAGUGUCGUCGAUCGGUCGAUUGGUCCCCGAGUUGGACGUCCGGUUGCGUUUGUCAUCGCGGUCGCUUUUUGCGUUAAUAGUUUUUUCUUCUUCAGCGUUAACCUGCUGCUGCUGCUGCUGAAAGGAGUGGGAUUUUUUCGGUGUACGCAGUAAGAUACAAAAUCUCACUCGCAAAAAGUGCUUGUCGGUCCUGUUGUGGGGGGCAGAAACGGCUGUUCGGUGGAUGUUGCGUGAGACGAAUACGUGCGCCUCUAUGUGUGGGCCGAUGCGAGAAGGCCAGAGAAAAAGAGCAUAAAAGACUCCUCAUUGACAGCGCGAUGGAACACUAGUCAUCGGUUUGGGGCUGAGCUUUAUCAGUGUUUGGGCUAUAGUUCCGUGAGUAGUAUGGUCAGUUCGGUCGAGAAUAUAGAAUGGAUCGUGUUCGGUGUUACAUUUCCUGUUACUUGAUCGUACCGAGAUUGUGCUAGAGCAAACAUCAAACAAAAGACCUUCGCCGAUAUAGGACGUUCCGUGACUGUGGGUUUAUAUCGUUUUGAGACGAAAUUUUGCAAAAGAAAAAUUACGAUUUGUCACUUUCGCGUUCCGUCUACUCAGCGAGACACUCGUGAGUGACUCGUAAUCUCGCGUGCGCGAAAUCCAUUAGUUGAAAUUCGUUCUAUGAGCAGAAGAGAGCUUCACUCAUGAGAAAAACCUGACGGUGGUGUGAGCGAGCGAAUUCGCAUUUGAAGAGCGUGCAAUGUGUUGAUUUUUUGCCUAUAUUCGUUUGCUUACUGGCUGGCCCACGGGAUGUGUAUAGUGUGUGCCAUUUGCUAUUCAAUAACAAGCAGAUAAAUUCCUUCGUUCAUUCAUUUGUUUAUGCUGGCUAAAAGCGAGAAAGAAAAUUGUUGCUCAUCAUAUUCGGCUGUUACAACGCUGAAGAAGCAGUUGUUGGGGUAAAAUCAGCUGAGAAGGAGUGCGAGAAGGAAGCGGAGAUUCCGCGUGCGCCCAGCGAGCGGUGUCAAUAAACAAGUGCCAAAGAAUUAGCGUGCGAUUUCCAGCCGAAAGUUUUUCUUUUCUCUUUUCUUUUGAGAUAUUCCGAAUUGAUUGUGUCUGCUCGUGGGGUGUGUUUACACAAAGUCAGCGCCGUGUAAGAGCACAAUCUACGGCCGUACCGGAAAGCAACGCAGUGUUUUACGCGAAGCGAGGCAUCGAUUGCAGUUCGACAUAGACCAGAAGCUAUGCACAAUAGUGUUUGUUUAACUUAGGAAGCUGUUUCGAAAAAACGAAAAAUCAAAUUUGCACAAAUCGUAGUUCACCGGGUAUUUUUUUUCUGUGAAACCUUACACCUACCUGUUGUUACUGCCUUCCUGUGUGGCAGCUUUGCUGGACUCCGCUGAGCAUUCCCCGGAGCAAGUUUGAAGCAGAGCUGAAAACCUCAACCAAUCAACAAGUUUUAGCUUAUGAUCUUCCUUUUGUAACACUCCAGUUCGAGUGAGUGAGAAGGACAAAACCGCACUCAAUUGUGUCCGGCUGCUGCAGUUUAGUAAGGCGAAAAACAAGUUACCACCAGCAGCAAGAUGGCGGAUCUCGAAGCAGUGCUGGCCGAUGUCAGCUACUUGAUGGCGAUGGAGAAAUCCAAAUGCAUGCCGGCCGCCAGAGCCAGCAAGAAGAUUGUCCUGCCGGAUCCCAGUGUUCGGAGCGUUAUGCACAAAUAUCUGGAAAAGGAGAACGAGGUGAACUUCGACAAAAUCUUCAAUCAAGUAUUAGGAUACCUUCUGUUCAGAGAUUUCUGCGACAACUUCUCAGACGAACCGGUGCCACAUCUAAAAUUCUACGAAGAGAUCAAAGCCUACGAAAAGACAGAGUGCCACGACGAGAGGCGGAAACAGGCUAGAGACAUUUACGACAAUUUCAUAAUGAAGGAAAUGCUAUCGCACACACACGAAUACUCGAAAGAAGCGGUAGCGCACGUACAGAAAUAUCUGAUGAAAAACGAAGUGCCGGUGAAUCUGUUCGAGCCGUACAUCGACGAAAUUUUCCACCACCUGCGAGGCGAACCCUUUCGGAAGUUUCUCGAGAGUGACAAGUACACUCGAUUCUGCCAGUGGAAGAACCUGGAGCUCAACAUACAGCUGACGAUGAAUGACUUCAGCGUGCAUCGGAUCAUCGGCCGGGGUGGCUUCGGCGAGGUGUACGGAUGCCGGAAAGCGGACACCGGCAAGAUGUACGCCAUGAAAUGCCUGGACAAGAAGCGCAUCAAGAUGAAGCAGGGCGAAACGUUGGCGCUGAACGAGCGGACGAUGCUAUCGCUAGUGGACUGCCCGUUUAUCGUUUGCAUGACGUACGCCUUCCACACACCGGACAAGCUGUGCUUCAUCCUGGACCUGAUGAACGGUGGCGAUCUGCACUAUCAUCUCUCGCAGCACGGCGUAUUCAACGAGUCCGACAUGAAGUUCUACGCUGCCGAGGUCAUCCUCGGGCUGGAGCACAUGCACAAGCGCUUCAUCGUCUACCGGGACCUGAAGCCGGCCAACAUUCUGCUCGACGAGAACGGCCACGUGCGCAUCUCGGAUCUGGGGCUGGCCUGCGACUUUAGCAAGAAGAAACCUCACGCCUCGGUCGGAACACACGGCUACAUGGCGCCGGAAGUGCUAUCGAAGGGAACACCGUACGACUCCAGUGCCGACUGGUUCAGCUUCGGUUGCAUGCUCUACAAACUGCUGAAGGGCCACUCGCCGUUUCGGCAGCACAAAACCAAGGACAAGCACGAGAUCGACCGGAUGACACUGACGAUGAACGUUGAACUGCCCGAAUCAUUUAGCAAAGAACUGAGGGACCUGCUGGAGGGACUGCUGCAGCGGGACAUUGAUAAACGAUUAGGCUGUAAAGGAGGAGGGGCGGACGAAGUGAAGGCGCAUCCAUUUUUCACCGGUAUCGACUGGAAUCAGGUCUACUAUCAGAAGUACACCCCACCGCUGAUACCCCCGCGGGGGGAAGUAAACGCCGCGGAUGCCUUCGACAUCGGUUCGUUCGACGAGGAGGACACCAAAGGUAUCAAACUGACUGAACAGGAUCAGGAGCUUUACAAAUACUUCCCGCUUACCAUCUCGGAAAGAUGGCAGCAGGAGGUGUCGGAAACCGUAUUCGAAACCGUCAACGCCGAAGCGGACCGACUGGAACAGAAACGCAAGGCUAAGCACAAGCAACGCUUCGAUGCGGACGAGAAGGACUCGGACUGCAUACUGCAUGGGUAUAUCAAGAAGUACAGCGGCUCGUUUGCAUCGGUCUGGCAGACGCGUUACGCCAAACUUUAUCCGAAUAGGUUAGAACUGCACACGGACAGCGGCAGUACAAAACCCGAGCUGGUGUUUAUGGAUCAGGUCGAGGAGGUGUCGGCCGACUUUGUGCAGUUUAAAAAUGAGCAAUGCAUACAGAUUCGGUUCCGCGACGGGAUUCGAGAUGGCAAGCUGAUUCUGACGAUGUCGGACGAAAUCGGCCUCAAAGAGUGGGCCCUCUCGCUGCGCGGAGCGCACAAGGAAAGCCAAGAGCUGCUCGGUUCGAUGGCCAAAAAGGCGGGCAAAAUUUACGGCACCGAGCGGGAAGCGUCGAAGGCGAACGUACUCAUCUCCUCGAGCGCAAAUUCCGCCAACGCCAACUCGGGCUCGACCGGAGCCACCACCGGCGGCGCGCUCGGCCAGAAGAACGCCAACGGGUCGUCCAACUAGCGGUUACUGCUGCGAUCUCGGUCCUGUUUCAUAGAACCGAAUCGUCUCAAGGAACCGCUGCUGAAGAUGAAGUGCAAGGAUACCUAAGCUUGCGGAGGUUGACGGUUGACAUGACUCUUUGUAGUUAGCGGAUUUUUCUUCUCGAUUUUAUUUAUUCUUUGUUACAUUUUUGAGAUCCCUCAUUCUCACCAAAUGAGUACGGGUUCUGUUCUGCGAUCGAGCGGAAACAAGUUAGAGGUAGUGUGGAGGAAGCAAAAAUUCUUAGUCGGGUAAAUGAUGACAAUGAUAAAUUUACUGCUUGAUAAAAGCGAAACCGAAAGUGAUGAGACAUGAAAAGAUAGCAAAAUAAGCAAACACACAACAAAACAAAAAAUCGCGCAUCUUGACAGUGAUAUGAACAAAACAUAAGGAUACUAUUCUAAUCUGUAAGGCAAUUAAUACUAUACACAAGUUAGCAUUUGAUGGAAAACAUUACUAAAAAAUAAUGAUUUGCUCUGGAGAAGAACAUAGCCAAGCAUUUCUUUCUACGAUCGAAUCAAAGUCAGUAUUGCAGUAUUGCAAAACACACACGGCGCUUUGUUGUUCCAGACGCCGAAUUACAAAUUAAAUAGAAACCAAGAGAAGAAAAAAAAGAGGUAAUUCAUAGGAUUAGCGAAUAAAUGUGUCAAUUUAGUAUUGUACUUCUUUACAAAGUGAAGAGGUGAGAAGCAAAGCAAGAAAUUAUUAGAUCAAUAAUUUAGCGAUAUUUAUACAAAAAGAAAAACAAAC